UCUAGAUAUAAUUAGAACUUGUAAAUAAUACACAAAAGAACCAAAUGAACUAGAAAAUUCUUGUUUCGUAUUAUUACAGACAUUAUCUUCCUCUCUCCCACACUUCACUCACCCUCAACUUCUCUCUUACUCUACUCCACGGGAGACCAUUGCAGCACCAACUCUCGCUUAAGACCGUCACAUAUCUCAGUCACGAGUAGGCUUGCUUGGACCUGUACGAACCGAGACCAGACACAAUUUGUGGCAUAUUUAUGACUCAGUCAAUUCAGCACUGCCCCGACAAAAUACUCACUCAAAUACACACCAUCCGACGACCUGACCACCUGCGGCAUAGAUCAUGCUAAACGCCCGCGCAUUCACGUUGCGGACACGUGGACCAACCCAAGCAAUAGCCCCUGGACGCAACCUUCGCCGUUGUGAAUGAUUCCAACUUUGGUUCCAAGACGGCCGCACCUUUCUAUACAGAACCAAAUAUCGUUAAACAUAAAAUGGUCGCAAGUCAGAGAUCUCACACGGAUUAUACUGUUGGAUGGAUAUGCGCGCUGCCAGUGGAGAUGGCGGCAUCUAAAGCGAUGUUAGAGACGAUACAUCCACGUCUCUCUCAGUCCCCAAACGAUCACAACGUCUAUACUUUGGGAGAACUAUAUGGUCACAAUAUAGUGAUUUCCUGUCUGCCGCUCGGCAUUUAUGGUAUCUGCUCUGCGACACUUGUUGCAACCCACAUGCUCCACACAUUCCCUUCACUCCGGUUCACCCUUUUAGUAGGUAUUGGGGGCGGGGUACCGAGCGACAGGCAUCCAGAUAUCAGACUUGGUGAUGUGGUAGUUAGCAAGCCAACGGGUACCUUUGGCGGAGUCGUGCAGUAUGAUAACGGUAAAGCUGUCAGUGGCAGUCGGUUUCAGCGCACCGGGACUCUGAACAGACCGCCCUCCAUUCUACUAGCAGCGAUCUCGCGUCUAGAAGCGGACUAUAUGGUCGGCGAUGCCCAUAUUCCGCUCCAUCUGGAAAAAAUUAUGGCCCGGUUUACCGGAAGUACCAGACCCUCUUAUCCAGGUUCGGAGUAUGAUGUUCUUUUCGAACCAGGUUAUCAACAUAUGGGGGAUCCAGACGAAGCAUGCCUUAAUUGCAGCAGAGCACACAUGGUUCCGCGUCCACCACGCCCAUCAAACACUCCUCGGAUUCACUACGGCUUGAUUGCCUCGGGAAAUCAAGUAAUCAAAGACGGCUUGAUGAGAGACCGUGUCGUUAGCGACCUCGGUGGUGACAUUCUGUGCUUCGAGAUGGAAGCGGCAGGACUUAUAGACGAUUUCAGGUGCUUGGUAAUACGCGGUAUCUGCGACUAUGCAGAUUCGCAUAAGAACAGACUGUGGCAGCCCUAUGCAGCAGGAGUAGCAGCUGCAUAUGCAAAAGAGCUACUAUCCAUUAUUCCUGUUGUCCAAAUACAGACGAGUCCAAAAGCGUACAACGGGAGAGUUUAUUGACCCUUUAUCCCACAUCCUUAUAUCAAUCGAUUGGCUAAUCCGACAUUAGAAUUCAGAGUGGGAGCCUGGGCGAGCUAGGCUUAGAAGAUAUCCUGAAGCUUCCCAGGUUUGAGACAACGCUGUCACAAC